AUGCGUGGUUGCUUCGUUGCGGUCAAAUUAGGCGACCGGAAACUCGCCUUCUCUCCCGUUACAUCAUGGCCACCAAAUCGCCAACCAAACCGGCUAACAAAGCGAAGAGGGUCAAAGGGAAGAUGCAGGGACCCGCUUGUUGGAUUGCCUCCUCCGCAGCCAAAGCCCUCGUCGCCUGCGGCCUCCCUCCGAAGCCGUCUCCCUCCCGCUACCUCCCUCCAGCGCCGCCUCCCUUCCUCCGACCUCCAGCGCCGCCUCCCUCCCUCCCACCUGGCAAUAACGCCUCCCUUCCUCCGACCUCCAGCGCCGCCUCCUCCCAGCGUCGGGGACCUCCAGCGCCGCCCUCGCGAUUUCCUGUGGCCUCCCGUCCUCCACCUCCUGCCGAUUCCUGUGAUUUCGUAUGUUGCAGGUUUGGGCUUCAGGUUUUUCUGCUGCUCUUCUCAAAAAGCAACAAAGGGCAAUGCAAGACCGGGGCUAAACUUGGUGGACUCUGAAAAUCUAUGUGCCGGUCCCAAACCGGCAGUCACCGAGGGCGCCUUGAGGCUGACUGAUGUCUUGGAGCUACUGACUUCAGAGCAACCGAAGUGCCCUCACUUGUACAUAUACAGCUCGGCUGACCAAGUUAUUCCGGCUAAGUCAGUCGAGUCGUUCAUAGAAAGACAAAGGAGAGCUGGUCAUGAGGUCAGAGCAGAGCAUGUGAUUUCUUGUCAUCACCUCACGUGGAUCACUUCAGAAACCACCGAGCUCUUUAUGAUACUCAACUUGCUAGCUUUCUAGAUGACUGUUCUUUGCAACAAAAACUCAUGUUGCAAAGACACUUCAUGAAUUUGCUUCGAGACCUGCCACACUUUGCUUUACAGAGCUAAUGAAGUAAGAAAAUUAAUGCUACAUAUAUCAUUUGGAAUACUGGAUUUGUCCAAUUCUGAAUUUGUACUCAGCUGGCAAAUUUCCUGUGGCUGGUUUUUUUUUUUUAGCUGUUUGGUUGGACAAUUCGUUCAAUUUCACCAGAAAACAAAUAACUGAUAAUUUGUAUCACUUCUGUAUUUUUAAGCUACUAAAUUCUCUAGCAAUCCAUAAAUUCUGUCUUA